AAACAAUAUAUAUAGUAAUAGUUCCUGUGUUAAUGGGGCACGUGUAUCAAUAGGUCGUGGAGGAACGUAAAUAAAUCAUCGACAUAUCGUGAGAUCGUGGACUUUUUGGGUUUCUAACCUCUACACGGAAUUUUCUUACAAUGACUAAACUUGUGAAAAUCGGAACGCACGAUGGUUGCUUUCACUGCGAUGAAGCACUAGCCUAUUUUCUGUUGAAAAUCUUACCUCAAUACAAACAUGCAAUCGUUGUUAGAACGCGUGAUCCAACUAUUUUGGAUACUUGUGAUAUAGUAAUUGAUGUGGGUGGAGAAUAUAAUCCUUCCAAGCAUCGUUAUGAUCACCAUAUGAGAGAUUUUAAAGAGUCUUUGAGUACAGUUAUUAAGAAACCAGGUUACGAUUCUCAAAUAAAAUUGAGUAGCGCCGGAUUAAUUUACUGUCACUUUGGUCAUGAAAUCAUUAAGCAACUAGCUCCAGAAGCUAGCGAAAUUGACGUCGAAAAAAUAUUUAAAAAAAUUUAUGACACGUUCAUUAAAGAAAUCGAUGGUAUAGAUAACGGAAUUCCGAUGUACGACGGCGAACCCGCGUAUCGUAUCGUAACCGAUUUAUCUGCCCGCGUACAAUUUCUGAAUCCUACAUGGAAUAGCGAAAACAGCGACAUUGACGAACAAUUUUUAAAAGCGGUCGAAUUAACUGGCGAAGAAUUUAAGCAACAUAUAAAUUAUGCGAAAAAUGUAUGGUUACCAGCUAGGUCUAUUGUAGAGGAAUCUAUUAAUAAACGCUUCGAGGUUGAUCCGAGCGGAGAAAUUAUUGAAUUGACGCAAAGGGUUCCAUGGUCUGAGCACCUGUUUGCGAUAGAAAAAGAAAUGAAUCUGGAACCGAAAUUGAAGUAUCUGAUUUUUAAAGACGAUACAUAUAGAAUCCGAGGUGUUCCUGUUGCACAUGGUAGUUUCGUUUGCAGAAUAUUUUUACCAGAAGCUUGGGCAGGUCUGAGAGAUGAGGAACUCGAACGUACUUGUGGAAUUGAAGGGGCCAUUUUUGUUCAUUCGAUUCGAUUUAUCGGCGGACAUAAGACGAGAGAAGGUGCGUUGAUGAUGGCGCGUAAAGCCAUUGAAAUAGGAAAAUCCACUUAACGGAGAAUCUAGUUAGGAGCAAUUGUAUCACUGAAUUUUUACUAUUUUUUGUCGACUAGUAUAAUAUUAUUUAUACCUCGUCAUUUAUUCCACGUCGAAUUACAAUUUUCUGCUAGGACGCAUUUAAUACUACGAAUACCAUUUACAGUAUUCUAUAAUGAAUAUUUUUUAGUAAAAAAUUGUCAGUGUGCGGAA